CGCUCUGUUCCCCCCACCCUCCACCCCUCUCUUCAGCUUGACGCCAUUUACAGCCCAAAUCCCGACCUCCUCUCCGGAAAGAGCAGAAAAAAAGAAAAAAACACUCACACACGAGAAAAAGUACUCGCAACCCCUCAGAGCCCGUGCGGAUAAAACACAACGAAUUAAAACUACUUCGGAGCUGGAGUUUCGUCCCUCGCUUCUGUCUUUUUUCCUCCUCCUCUUCUCCUUGUUGCAAGAAAAGUGGAGUCAAGCUAAGUUUACUUUCCGGCGCUGACUUGACUGAAGUUGUCGUCUGUUUUAAUGCCUCGUGGUCUUGCGCAAAACACGGGAUUUACAUCUUAGCGCUGCUUUUUAACGAAAAUGCGCUCCGCUUGGAAACUUUCUCAAUGGAUUUUACUGACGGCUUUCCCGACUGAGCUGCUGAUCUAGGGAAUAAACGCUCUCAAAUUGGAUUUAUUUCACCUAAACAGGGGCUGAAGCGUCGGAAGCACGGACUUCAGAUGUGUCCCAUGCCAGCUAGAGUGGCCCUUCACUCCCGAGAUGGAUACCAGAAGUCAGAACGACAGCGAUGGGGGAGGAGGACACCACGGGUGGUCGCCGUCAUCAACCGGCUCGCCGGGCGCGCCGCAUGACGAAGGGAGACCACAACCGUGGACUCCACAAAGCCACGACUCUCCACCAGAUUCUGGGCUCAACAACGGGCAGCCGCCACACACUCUAACAGUGCUAUCUCUGGAUCAGAUUAGGAUAACUGGGAGUAGCAAUGAGUACACAGAAGGGCCCACAGUUGCCCAAAGGUCUCCGGCCUCUCAGCAAAGGCAGCAGAAAAAGGACUUGGUGUCAUCACCUGGUUCAAGGACAAGUGGGCAGCAGGAGACUCAGGAGGAGAGGCCUAAUAAUCUCCGCAACUUGCAUUCAUUGACUCAGCAUGGGAACACAGAUCCUUCCAGGGAGGGCGUGUUGUGGUCCUCCAGUGUAGAGGACUCCCAGAGUAGCAUCAGGACCAGCGUAGGGAGCACUUCUUCAGGCCAGAGGCUCCUCAGCAGCCCUACAGCCGGUGACCAGAUCAUCAGAACCCAGCCAAAACGCGCAGAGCUGAACUCAGAAGAGCUGAACUCAGAAGAGCUGAAACCCUUGAACGAUGAGUCCAGGCCGGUGGUGGCCGUGCCGGGCAGCAGGGCCGGCCACAAAAACCUCAGCAAACACGCCAACAAGUGCGAGAGCUGCGGUCGCUGCCAGUGCCAGGACUGCAGCCGCCCGCGGGCGCUCCCGUCCUGCUGGAUGUGCGGCCAGCGCUGCAUGUGCUCGGCGCAGAGUGCGGUGGAGUACGGCUCGUGCGUGUGCUGCAUUAAGGGGCUCUUCUACCACUGCUCCAGCGAUGAUGAAGACACGUGCGCCGACAAGCCCUUCUCAUGCACGCAGUCGCACUGCUGUGUGCGCUGGACCACCGUGUCGCUCCUCUCCCUGUUCUUCCCCUGCCUCCUCUGCUACCUCCCUGCUAAAGGAUGCGUCGCCGCGUGCCAGUGCUGCUAUGACCGAGUCACACGACCCGGCUGUCGUUGCAAGAACACAAAACCAAUCCACUGUGAGGAUGUUGGCAAGCAAACAUAGACGAGGCGGUCGCAUGUGUUGAAACGCAGAAGGAUGGAAAGGCUCCAUGUUGACUGAACUGCUCGGUGUUUUGGCCCUGUAGCUCUGUAGUGGGAAGGUUUGAGUAAGAAGCUAAUGAUGCUGUUGUGUUUGAGUUUGUGUGUUUUCCAUCAUCCACGCCUGCCAGGCCUGCACUGGAGAUGCAUUUACUCACCCUAGCGUUAUGAGUUUCACUUGAAAGGUAAACCAAAAUAAGCGCUCCAUGUGUUUAAAGGUAUGAAGACAUAUCCAACUACUGUUUUUGUCCUGAAAAAUCAUUUCUUCACUCGCCCUGAUAGUGCUAAGAUAUGGUGUUGUUGCAAUGAGAGUCCAAAUUGAUAGCCUUUUUUUAACAUUUAAUACAACUUAUAUGCUAAGAACAGAGUCCUGUUACUAACUGUAUGUAAAGUAGUAAAUGCAAAGGGUAUGUACAUUAGAAAAUGAGUUUGACAGAUGUUUUAUUUUUGUACAUAUAAUAAUACUUCAACUGUGAAAGGUUUUCUGCCAUACCAGAGGCACCUUGAUAAAUUCACAUUUAUAUGAAUCAGCAAACUUCAUUCAUACAAUGUUUUUACAUUCACUGGAAUGUAUGUCAAUCAUUUUUAUGUAAUUUACAAAGGAAAAAUCUUAUCCCUUCUACUUGUAAAUUGUACAGUGACCUUUUAUGAAAAAAAUAUUUUCUAAUUCCAACAUUGCUUAGUGUAAAGUCAAAAAUAUAUAUUUAUUUGAAGGUUUAUUAUUUUAUAAUGAAAAAUAUUUAUUUUGAGAAAGCAUCGUUAAAUGUGUCACCUCUUUCGGGGCUCUUCUGUAGUCGCUGCAGAUUGGAGGUGACCUGUAGGAGUGUCAACGCUGGAUGAAUAGUUCACUAUGAAUUAGAAAACAAAUAUAUUAACGUUUGAAAUUAAACAACCUUGAAGUCUGA